AUGAACGAAGUGGUUUAUGAUGUUAUUGUUAUCGGAGGCGGAAUAUCGGGCUUGACAUCAGCAUAUCGUUUGUUGCAACAUGAUCCAUCCUUGAAAAUAUUAGUCCUCGAAGCCAAAGGUAUUGAAAUGCAAUCUUUUCUACGUUUCCGUGAUAUUUAUAAUUACAGUGUUUGACACUAUAAAUAGUCAGUAAUGUACACUAUGUGUCAAAAUGUAGAAAUUAAUAAACAUUUAAUAUAUUAAUAUUCAUUAAUUAUUAAUAACAUUGCAACAUGCAAGUUGGGUGUUUUUAUUACAUAGAGGUGAGCUACAGGCUUGGUAGGUUUGCUGAAUAAUUAGGCCAAACACUGUCACACUAGGUCUUUGUUUUCUUUGUCUUGGCCCUUUGUUUUCUAAAUUUGGCCUAAUUAUUCAUCUAACUUACCAACCCUGGUGAGCUAACUUGUAUUCAGGCAUUGUUUUUAAUAUGAGUAUAAUGUGGACACAGCAAACUAAAUUGCAGAGAUCCAGUUCAAGGCAAUCAAUAUGGGUUAACCAAAGAGAAGACGCAGUAUAGUCUCUAUUUGCACUUUCAGCAAGCAUUAACAAGUUAACCAGACACCUGCCCAUGUCUUUUGUUCAGUGGUGAAACUAGUCAUGGCAACUGGUCAUGUUAUGUUAAUAAACCUGCAUCUUAAUAGGUUCAACACGAUAUAUUUCUAAAGGUUUGAAAUAUGCAAAUCAUUAAAAAUUUCAAUGGCACGACCCGUUGCUAUGGCUAGCUUCUCCACUGUUUUUGAUAGUUAUUUUAAUAGCUUAAAAGCUGCAAACAUCAUAUUUUGUUAUUUUAAUUACACUGUCUGUACCAGAUGAUUAUACCUCUGGAGAUUUUACCAUUGAACAUUGAAUUAUUAAUACAUUGAAUGCAAGCACUCUUCCCUUAAUGAGUAAAAUUGUCUGACAUUAGACAUAAUGAUAAAAUUGAGCACAUUUGGCCACAAUAGAAUGGGUUAAAUUAAAGAAAAAUAUGGGUUCACCAAUCCUCUGAUUCCCUAGAUUGACAUGCCUUAAGCUAUAUGAUUUAAAUACUCCCCCAUCAUAUAAUUGAUUUGCUGACAGACAGGGUUGGUGGUCGUACUCUGACAACAAAACUCAAGUGUAAAGAUGGGGAAGAUUUCUGGGAUCUUGGCGGACAAUGGGUUGGAAGGUAACUUAAAAAUAACUGACCUUGUAUUUCAUAAAAUUCAUGGCAUGUAAUGGGCACAUCAGGUAACCAUUGUGUGUCCAUGGGUGGACCAUGGGACGAACACACCUAGUACAUCUUGAAGAGAGGGCUAAAGUUAGAGUAGAUUCCGGCAGGCAACACGAGAAAGGUAUAAAGCAUUACAAUUCCGAAAACAACACACUACAUUAGUGACAUAGCAAUGUUUUCAAGCAGCAAUAUUUUUGAACCAGGCGAGCAACAUGCAUACCCACUCUAAACGUCUGUGUUAUUCUUGUAUUUUAAAUCAGCAACCUUACCUCUUGAUAAUAAACCAUUAUUUCACUGUAGACCUCAGGUUCAUGUUAUAGAGCUCAUCAAGGAAUUGGGACUGGAGGUUUAUGACCAAUUCAGCAAGGGAGCAAAGUUUGCAAGAUUGAGUGAUGGUAACGUACGCAAGUAUUCGUCAAGUUUACCAAAACUAUCACCAUUUUCACUUCUGGAUAUUUAUUUCUUCAUCAAUAAGGUAAGAUGUGUUAGUGACAAUGAUGGUGGUGACAAUGAUGGUGGUGAUGAUAUAGUGAUGAUAAUAUGGUGGUGAUGAUUAUGAUGGUGGUAGUGAUGAUAGUGAUGAUGAUAGUGAUGAUGAUAGUGAUGAUGAUAGUGAUGAUGAUAGUGAUGAUGAUAGUGAUGAUGAUGAUAGUGAUGAUGAUAGUGAUAUGAUGAUAGUGAUGAUGAUAGUGAUGAUGAUAGUGAUGAUGAUAGUGAUGAUGGUGAUGAUGAUGAUGAUAGUGAUGAUGAUAGUGAUGAUGAUAGUGAUGAUAGUGAUGAUGAUGAUGGUAUGAUGAGGAUGGUAUGAUGAUGAUAAUGAUAGUGAUGAUGAUGAUGGUAUGAUGAGGAUGGUAUGAUGAUGAUGAUGAUAGUGAUGAUGAUGAUAGUGAUGAUGAUAGUGAUGAUGAUGAUGAUGAUGAUGAUAGUGAUGAUGAUGAUG